UUUGGGCCGCGCCGGCCGCCGUCUGCCGGGAGGCGCUUCCUCGCGGGGCGGCGGGCGCUCGGGACGCGCCAUGCAGCCUUCGUUCACGCCGCCGGGCGGCACCGCUGCCUUCCUCCUCCUGCUGCUGCCCUUGCUGCUCGUCCCCUGGGCGCUCCUGGCGAGGAGACGCCGCGGCCGGCGGACGGCCCCCCUCAGGCUGCUGGUGGUAGCCGGUUCCGGAGGGCACACAACAGAAAUCCUGAGGUUGCUUAGUUGUUUGUCAGAGUCAUACUCUCCUAGAUGUUAUAUUCUUGCAGACUCUGAUAAGAUGAGUGAAGCUAAAAUACGUUCUUUCGAACAAGAAAGGGCUGAAAGGUUCUCCAAUUCCCAGUUCACCCUUGAUCGCAUUCCCAGAAGCCGUGAGGUUAGACAAUCUUGGAUCUCCUCCGUGGUAACAACUGCGUACUCCAUACUUUAUUCCCUUCCUUUGAUGUACAGACUGAAACCAGAUUUGAUAUUGUGCAAUGGACCAGGAACAUGUGUUCCUGUCUGUAUAUCUGCUCUUCUUCUUGGGCUUCUAGGAAUGAAAAGAGCCAUCAUUGUGUACAUAGAAAGCAUCUGCCGCGUGGAAACUUUAUCCCUGUCUGGAAAAAUUCUUUACUAUUUUUCGGAUUACUUCAUUGUUCAAUGGCCUGCUCUGAAGGAAAAAUAUCCUAAGUCAGUUUAUCUUGGUCGAAUAGUAUAACAGAGGACAGGCUUUACCUAAAAUAAACUCUUAAAGCUCCUCACUGAAGAAAUUCAUUAGUGUAACAUAAUUUAUUUUCAAGGAUUCCUGUUAAAAAUUAGGCCAGUACUGGAAAAACAGGCGGUAAUAAAGAUAUCUCUACAUUACAGUACACUUUUGUGUAGUUGUAUUUAUUGCCAUCAUGAAGGUCUGUGCACCAAUACCCAUAAUGGCAGUAAGUCUAUGCUGUUUCUGCUUUCAUCUAGUUUUCCUGCUAUGUGAAUAGCAAUUUUUGUCUACAAAUAAAUAUGGGAAUUUGUAUGAAUUGUAACAUUUCCUGUAAGGAAACUUUGUGUAGUUUUCUAAAUUGUAAGAAACAAAGUCUUGUUCUAGCACAACAGACUUGAUUUCCUGUAUGCUAGCAGCGAAGUCCCUUGUGAAUCCUUAGAGUAUAAAGGAAACAGUUAUAUUAAGUUGGCUUCUUGACAGUUUGUGCUCUACAGUCUUCCAAGCCCCCCCCUUUUCCCCCCCCAAAGCAUUCAACCAGUAUCAUUUUUCCUCUGGGCCUGUCAAAACUGUCCUUUAUAAUCUGUAGCACACCUUCUGAAAAUUUUUUGCCCAGCCCUUAAAUAAAAAGGUGACAAGUGUCAUGCUACAGGCACAGCAUUUACGGAUGUAAGAAGCAGUUUCUUCAAAGCCUGCACAACAAAGUCCCUAUCAGGUUUAUAUCACAGAGAACAAACUGUCACUGGGAGAAUUGAACCUGUUUGGGUUCUAAUAUAUAGAGGAAAAAAGUGUUACUGUCUGUUGUAGGAGGAGGAACAGAGAUUCUCUUCCCUUUACCUCACACAGUGAAUUUGUCUUUCAGAAUAUUCUGUUUUCAUGUUUUAAGCAGCUUACUUUCAUCAGUAUGAAAUGCUCCUAAGAUUUUGUUACAGAAGAUGGUACUAUACAUAGGAACUAUUUUUAAAACAUGUUUUGUUGGAGCUAAGUGUGUGAAAGCCUACUUUAAUAUUUCACAUUAGUCUGACAAAAUGUAGCUCUACACACCGUUCUACCUCUGAAGCAAUAUAAACACGUCUGUCAUCUGUGCACACACAGAGCUAUGUGUCUGGCUACAGAAACAUACACAAAGCAAAAAUCUGAGGGAAAAGCAAGGCUGCCUCACAGGGCCAUUGUAGCAAGGCCCUCACCACCAGCACAGAUGGAAGGAACCCCAUCUCAGUCGGAUGUCAGAAAAGUUGCAGCCAUUAUUUGGGCAGGGAAUGGCAUUUAGCUGAAGGGAAAAUGUAGGUCUGAUGUCAGGAAACAGGAGUUAUAGGAAUAUUUUGCUUUUUGGAAGACAUUAUGCUGAAAAUUGCUAUUGCGAGGCCCUGCGGGGAAGCCAGCCCUUACAACCUGUCCAACAAGCUCCUUAGCAGUGGGAGAGGCACAACGAGAGUCCAUUGAUGUGGGCACAUGAGAGCUCAGAACAGACACUUUAUGUGGGUUUUACCCCAGAUUGUGUCUCGCAUUAAGGAGCAGUUAAUAGCUUAAGAACACGUGGGAAGGAAUCUAUGUGCAGUACAUACUCAGGUCCUUGAAAAUGACCUGACUAAAGUGACUUUGACCUGCUUAAUGUCUUUUUUUCUCUCCCAAACUGAGAGUCUUAUCAGGACUUUCUGCCUAGUUGCAGAUAGUUCAGUAAAUUUGAGAUAUGCUGGACUUUAUUAUGACUAAUGGUACUUUAUUUUUGAUUAGUGCUCUCUGGGCUGAACCUUGCUUUUAGUUUUGCAAGGGAACUGGAGUAGAGGGGAAGGAGGAUAGAGGCAGCCCCUUACUCUAUCCCUGGUUAGGGCAGUGGUACAGCAUCACGCCCCAAGGCUUAGAGAAGCAUGAGAAGAGAAAGGCAAUGAAUGCUCCCAUUCAUGCUCUACAUCCGCCCCAAGCCGCCUGCUGGCCUGGCAGCAAGGCAGGCUCCCGGGCCAAGCACACAAACACAGGCCCAGCUCAGGCAGCUCCACAUUCACAGGCUGCUUCUGUUAGAGUAGGGCAGAACAGAUCCCAUCCUUCACUCUGCUCUGGAUUUAGCCCUGGGUGGGAGCAUCUCUGGCUGCUCUACUGCCCCUGCUUGGUGCAGGAUUUGGGGGUUUGGUGUGCUUUCAAACCAUGGGUUCAUAAACUUCAUGAGUUCGGCAUUGAACACCAGAGAGUUUCAAAGAUUUUCUUUCACCUGUCACCUGUACAGCAACUACUUCGAGGAUCACUUGCCUGCUUGGACUUGUUACCUCCCUUGUAAAAGCUCAGAAAGUAGCAGUUGAUUUCUUCACAAGAGUGUCUUCUGAAAAACUGAACUGCUCCAUGUCUUGUGAUGUGGAGCUGUCUCAUCUUCAGCCUUGGGGAGACAUUGUUCCCUUAACUUCACUG